AUGUCCGUCGCCGAACAAGAGAUAGACCGCGUAAAACGAAUUAAAUCGUUCGCUACGAUAAAACGUAAUACCGCGGUGUCUAAUAUUAGGUCGGUUCAUAGCAUGGCAUUACGCGUCGUUAGUGAGCCCGAUUUAGCCUCACAAUUUUUGGUGGCCGUUACYGAUUUGGACACACUUUGGAYGCAGUUUAAACUUGAAGAUGACACUGUCCUAGACUCGUUAGUUAGAUUGGGUGAAAGUGACAAUUAUGCUGUUGAUUUACCUUCGGAGGUUCGCGGACUUAUUACUGAGUCGAAGGCGAUUGCCCUAAAGGUGACCCCGAAAGGUGCCGAGCUUAUUGACAUGUCGUUUAUUAACCCCCAGUCGCAUGAUAAGCCGGUAGUUAGUCAGCCAGGUGCUUCUAGUGGUCCGCCCAGCUCGUUUUCGCGCCUCCCGGAAAUACCAUUACCGACCUUUGAUGGUGAUUUUCGGUAUUGGCCUACGUUCCGUGAUAGGUUUAAGGCAUUGGUCGAGUGUAGGUCCAACUUAACUACUAUAGAUAAAAUGUAUUAUCUAAUCGGUUGUCUGCACGGCAAGGCCGCGGACGCGGUACGCAGUAUACCAAUUUCGUCCGAUAAUUACGAUUUGGCUUGGUCAACACUAGCGAAUAGAUUCAACCGUCCCAGAAUGGUCGCAACAACCUUGGUAGAUAAAUUAUUAGAUUUCCCGUCGUAUACCCAGGAGUCAUUGUCCGAGUUGAGCCAUUUUAUGAGCGUAUUCAGCGAAUGCGUAUCAUUAUUAGACGCACUAGAUAUCCCGAAUUUAGGUUCGUUUAUUUUAUUCGCGCUUGCAUUUCGCCGGCUUCCGUUGUACACCCGUAAGUUGUUUGAAACGAAGACUUCAACUGAUUUCCCCUCAAUGAGUGAGUUAUUAGAGUUUGUCAAGUCGCGUGUUGCAGUGUUAGAAAUUGCCGGAGAUCAGCCACGUAAGUCAAAUGUGGUCAACACGGUGACGAAGUCUGAGUCAAAAAAUGCCUCCCAGGUCACUCAAUCCCGUAAGGGGGGAGAUCGAAUUCGCAAGUCCGGGUCUUUAUACACGGAAUCUUCAUUCGUUACCACUAGCCCAAGUAAAGUAUGUCUAUGCUGCUCCGAACCUCAUGCACUAGAUUCGUGCAACCGUAUAAAAUCGUGGACGGUUGACGAUCGUGUUCGUUGGCUACGGGAAAAGAAAUUGUGUUUCAUAUGUCUGAGCGCUGAUCAUUGGGCCAAUAAAUGUAAGUCGAAAUAUAAAUGUACCGAAUGCAACCGUAAGCAUCACCACCUCAUUCACAAAUCAUCGGUCGAUACGCGCGGCRCUGAUACCAACCUCCGCACGGAYGCACCAUUAUGUGCGUCGGCCGCGGCACCGAUUUCAAAGUCUACUGCAGUAUUACUAGGUACCGCUUUAGUGCACACACGCGACCGGACGGGUACAUGGCACACCAUGCGCGCGUUAUUAGAUUCUGCUUCGCAAAUUAGCGCCAUUACAGUCGCGUGCACGGAACGUUUACGUCUGAAAUGCGAUCGUUGGACUUCCCCGGUAACCGGUUUAGGUGGCGUGCCCAUUGUAGAUGUGAAAGGUCGCGUCGAGUUCUCCAUACAACCUCGUUUCGCGGUCGAACCCGUAUUGAAUAUACAUGCGUGGGUGUUGCCGGCAAUUACGGGUGAUAUGCCGCGCAAUACGUUKCCWUCAACUGUCAAAGGCCGAUAUGCGAAUCUCGCAUUGGCCGAUCCGUCUUUUGACAUUACUUCUCCUAUCGACUUGUUACUAGGGGGGGACGUAUUUCCGUCAAUAAUGGACGGUCGUAAAGUGGUAGUCGACGAAAAUUUACCUGCGGCGUUCAGUUCAGUGUUUGGGUGGGUUCUGAUUGGCCCCGUUAACAACAUCGAUUUGCCAAUCUAUCAUUCAAUGCCGGUAUCUUUAGUAUCUAUUGAAGGGUUGAUGGAGAACUUCUGGCACGUAGAGGAGCCGGUAGCCGCGCCCGAAUGUUUCACCGACGAGGGGCGCUGCGAGUCUAUUUUCCGCGCCGAAAGCGUACGCCUUCCGUCAGGUCGAUUCUCGGUACCGUUACCGUUUCGUGCACCGGUGUCCGAUGACGUUUUCGCCGGCUCACGAGAUGUCGCCGUACGUCGUUUUGAAUCAUUAGAGCGCAAGCUAUCGGGUGACCAUAAACUCCGACAACUAUAUAUUGAUUUUAUGCGGGAAUAUACGUUGUUAGGACACAUGUCGAUCGCUACAUCGCCAGGAGUCUAUUACAUUCCGCAUCAUGCCGUGUAUCGCCCCGACGACGGCGAUAAGAAAUUACGAGUCGUUUUUGACGCGUCCGCAACCGGUUUUCGUGGGCCAUCAUUAAAUAAGGAAAAAAAUCUUAUACCAGAACAUCAGUUUGGAUUUYGCAAYAAACAUUCAACAAUYGRWCAAGUACAUCGAGUUACUAAUGUGAUUAGUAAAGCUCUUGAAGAAAAAAAGUACUGCUGUGGAGUAUUCCUUGACGUAGCUCAGGCUUUUGACAAAAUCUGGCACAAAAGACUCCUCAUCUGGUGUGCACUUCUUGAAUCAUACUUGACUGACCGUCAAUUUCGAGUCAUACACGAAGAAGCGAUAACCGAAUGGAAAGAUAUAUCAGCUGGAGUACCGCAAG